AUGAUGGAUACAUAUUCUGUUUGUGGUGAGGAUGAAGAUUUGAUUGAUAGGGAAUUUCCGCCGUGUACUGUAAAUGACCAUGAGAGCCUGGCAAAGAGCGAUGAACAAAAGCGUUUUGAUCUGGAAAAGGCUAUAGAAGCUAAAUUGAGAGAAAGGAACAACCUACGGGAAAAGUUGCGUUUGCUUACUCGGCAAUCUGAAAGGCUUGAUGCUCUGUUUUCUUCGAAAUUGGAGUCCAAGGAAAGAGAAUUACGGCAUUUUCUGCUUCCAUGCGUUCCUCGUUCAAGUACAUGUGACACCGACGCCAAUAAACAAAACACUAUUACAAAUUCUACUAUUAGCUCCACUGUUCGUCCUGUCCCGACUUUAGUUACUGGAUUGACAAAACCUUUAGAUAGUUUACUGGGUCCUACAGUCACUGUAACUCGUGCAAUCAAUCCGAAAGGGGAAGGGCUUUUACCUACUCCAUAUCCUAAUCCGUUACAUGUUGGAAAUAAACUUGCUGCUUACACACGUGGCUUGUCAUUAUCUUCUCAGUCAUCCAAGUCUACAAUGGACAACGAGCUGUCAACAAAAGAAAUUUCAAGUUAUGCAAAUGUACUUGUUGAUUCCUCUGUCAAUUUGAUAUUAACUCGCUUACUACGGGUACAGCGGAAUUUUAAUAAUUUAGUAGCAGCUAAUCAGUCUAAAUUACAAUCAUUCACUUUCACACAAAACAGUCAAAACGGUAAAAGGAUGAUGAUGCGUAUACGGGUUCUCGAACACGAAAAUGAAGAGCUAGCAAAUGUUAAUCGUGCUGGUCGAACUGCUCGUUUAGAAACAGAAAUCGCAUUACGUCGUGCAUUUGUAAAUGACCUAAAGAAUGCGCAUUCGGAUAUGGAGUAUUUAGUCGAAGAAGCCGAAAGUGAAACGGAAUUCGUUGGCAACUCUCUAAUAAUGAUGCAACAGAGACUGCAAUUAGGUCGAACUACUGUUGGAUUCUUGGCUGCUGAACUAGGAAAAAUUGAACCUGAGUGUUGUGCACGAAUCUUGGCUUCAGCAGGCAACACUAAUGACAACAACCCAUCUACUGAAAAUAAAAAGCACGAUAAUUCUAA